GCGGAACCGCCAGUAUUUUCAUUACGAAAACGGGAAAGUUCUCUGCUCCCAGAAUAAACUGCAGGAACCGUGUAGCUGGGUCAAAAGGACGACUUUAAAUGUGAACAUUUGCGCGUUAACUGUAACAGCAAGUUACUUUCCAGUUUUAUAGGAGCACAGGAUCGCAAUGAUCGGCAGCUGCCUUCCAAGUCCCGGACAGGAGAUGUCAAAGCUGACGGACUCACUUUCUUCGAAUCGAGCGGCUUUUUUGGAAUAUUUCUGCAAUUCAAUUUGACUGAAAGAGUAAGUGGAACCAAAAAAAAGAAACCUACGAACCAGCCGGAGUUUACUGCUGAGAGCAGCCUUUCAUUUACAGUGAAGUAACAGUUGCAAAAUGGGCGGGAAAAGUGCAAAACAUUCGAAUAUUGCAUCUCUAUCGGUAUACAGUAACUGAUUCAACUGUUACAUUUUCCGAAACUGUCUUGAGUUUUUUUUACAGUCGUGAAGGUGAAAUAUUAAAUAUCCACGCAGUGGCUGAUGAGAUGUUAAUCGUAAUUUAAUUUUUAUGCUUUGGGGUACCAUGGCAAAAUCACUUGAAACUGUUAACUUUGAGAUAGCCAAGCUAUCAUUGGACUUGUAUCACGUGUAUUAUAUUGAUGAGAGAAAGGGGCGGACCAAGCAACGUCAUUACUAGGAUCACACAGCAAUUACUCUAGUUUAGUAAAUACUAUACUACAGAGCGGGACUAGAUUCUUCAUCUCACCAUACCUGUUGGCCGUCUGUGCUUAUCGGAUUUCGACAUUUUUGAAGUAUUAAUAAUGGAAACAGCUGAUGGAUCAGACGGUGACAAAUUAACAAGCGCUGCAGCCAAAGGAAACUCGAAAGAAGUCAACAUUUUGCUAGAAAACGGGGUGAAAGUGGGUGCAAUCAAUAAGUUUGGCAGAACUGCACUUCAGGUGAUGCAAAUGGGUCAUACUAUAAUAGCCAAGUCACUAUUGAAAGCUGGAGCUAAACCAAAUCAGCAGGAUCGCGGUGGAUUCACACCAGCUCAUGAUGCAGCUAGGGAAGGAUUUUUGGAUACUUUGAUAACUUUGGUGGACUUUGGGGCAAACGUAAAUAUUGAAAAUUCUGAGGGCAAUUUGCCCAUUCAUCUUGCUGCACAGGAAGGUCACACCGAUGUGAUUAUAUUUUUGGCUAAAAAAUCAAACUUAACACAUAAAAAUAAAAAGGGACAAACUCCCUACGAGCUGGCUCAGAUGUACAAAAGGACGGAGACAGUGCAAUGGAUGGAACAAAAUUUAUAGUAACGUAAUAAGCGAGUGCAGUCUUCUGUAUUUAUUGUAUUUGUCAGCUAACAUAUGUAGAUUUGUUUAUUAGUUUCCACUGUUUGUAUUUCCAUAUAAAUAGUCUUUUAUUUUCUAGUAUGUGUUUAAUGUGUGUAUGUAUGUGUUGGAAAGAGUGGCGCAGUGGGGACUGGCAUUGAAUGCUUUUUAAAAACGUUUAUAUUUUUCAUGACAUCGUGCUAAAUUCGCUUUGUAUGUUGCAAAUUAGUGUUAAAAUUAAAUCUAGCAAGUGUUAUUGUUUAGUGUUCCAUUGAUACACAAGAUACCGUCUAUUAAGGACAUUGUUUAACGACGCAAUGUGCCAUAUUUGACUUUUUAUUAUAUUAAGCAAUGAAGCUAACAAGAAGGGUAAUUUCCAAUGAUUCCAUUAGUCGCUUGAGACCAUGUCCUGUGUCUUUAUGCAGCUGUUGAAAAUUUGCCCGUUGUAGGGAACAGAGAUGUGUUAAUAUUCAUAUAACGACGCUGUUUCCAUAUAAUGCGAUACUUAUUAUUUUGUUUAUUUGAAUUUGUUUAUCUUUUAUUUUCAGUGGACGGGUAUGGAAACAUUGCUUCCUGCCUGUCUUCUUAAGUGAAAACAGACAAAUGUAGCUGAUAAACAUUAUUUAACAGGUUUUGAUUGUUUUAAUGAAAAUUAAAUUAUAAGCUUUUCAUUUACUCGAUGUAAAUAUUGCAUUGCUUUCGUGGUGUUGAAAUGUAUCAAAAUAGACUAUAUAAUUUAUAAACUGUUUAACUGUUUUUUUGUUCCAAUAAAUACUUCCUUGUAAUUGUUAAAAAUGUAUUUAUUUUAAUGCUGUGAAUGGCGUUGCGUUUCGUGAAUUAAUUUAUUUUAUUAUCGAGAUAGUUAACAUAAAAGGUACAAUUCCGCAUUUAGCCCUUUCUACAAAUCGCAUCGUGUAAUAAUUGGUGUUUAAUAAUAGAUCUGAAUAAUAGAGCGUGUCAUACAAAGGAAUUGUGUAUGGAAUAAAAAUAUGUUUAUCU